AUGUCUAGGAAACGUACUCUAGAUGCCUUCUUCAGUCCUACAGUAAAGAAACCCAAAACACAAACAGGAACAAUCACUUCAGGUGAUACAAUCCCGGAUGAGACAACAUUCUCAGAGCACCAAUGCUACCCUCAUCCCAUAAAGAAUCUACCAGCCUAUCUAAGCAAGGAGCUGGCUACGCUCCCAGACCAGCCUGGAAGGGAAAUCAAUGACCAACCUGACAUGGAUCUUUUGUACUUUGAGCCAUUCAUCACGGCUCCUGUAUCUCGAAGACUCUUUGAGUUUCUUCGUACAGAACUGCCUUUUUACAGAGUCGAGUAUAAGAUCAAGCGUGGUGGUAUAGAGACCCAAAUACGAACGCCAAGAUGGACAACUGUUUUUGGUCUCGAUGAAACGUCCAAAUUUAACGACAAAGGUCUUCCUGAAGAUGCUAGCACGGGCUUAAGAGCAAUGGAUAAACGAUACGCCCAGUACCGUCCAAGGCCGAUCCCCAAAUGUCUCGAUGAGCUUCGCCGUAGGACUGAGUUGGCCACGGGCUGCAUGUACAACUUCUGUCUUGUGAAUUACUAUGCUUCCGGCUCAGACAGCAUCAGCUUCCACAGUGACGACGAACAGUUUCUAGGUCGCGACCCGGCCAUCGCUUCUUUCUCACUAGGAGCACGACGAGAUUUCCUUAUGAAGCAUAAACCGCCGCCCCCGAAUAGUGUGAACCCACCUGUCUUGAACUCGAAGCCACUCAAACUACCGCUCGGAAGCGGCGAUAUGGUGUUGAUGAGGGGAAGGACGCAAUCAAACUGGCUGCAUUCUAUACCGAAGCGCACAGGGAAGAACCAAGAAGACGGCGGAAGGAUCAACAUCACUUUUCGAAAGGCUAUGGUCAAGGGAGGAACAGAGAAUUACUACAACUAUAAUGUCGGGACCGGGCCGGUGUAUAGAUGGAACAAAGAGGCCCAAGAGAUGUUGGUAUGGAAAUCAUGA